UUCCUAACUACAGUGAACUAACCAGAAGUCUCGGAAUAUGCUCUGGUGGUCAUUUUACACAAGUUCAGGUGUCAAAUCCAUGAAACCUACACCACUAACCAGCAUCAGUCCUACAACUUCACUCUCAAAUUUAAUAAAUUCUGGGACAAGCAGAAACUGUAUUUUUAGCGGUGCAUUUUGUGGCAGGCCAGACUGCUAUAAAAUGCACUCUCCUUGUAGCACCACUUCAUCUUGAUUCAGAAGAGAUGUCCUGGAUAUACAUGAUAAUGUAACACGGGUGUUUUUGUUUGUUCAUGUUUAGCGCGUUGGGUUGUGUUUUUAAAGCGAAUGUUACGUUUUUAAAGCGUGUUAUGCGACAGGUGUGUGUAGCACUGGUUACACAUCUCAAUGCGAGAGCAUUAGUCGAGACCACACCUUUACCUGACGUACAACGUGACGUAUGGCGCACACUUUCAAAACAACAAUGGCGGAUAGAAGAUAUUGAUCGAGGCGGCUAAUGCUCCUUUCGCUGGUUGCCAACCACCAUUAAAUAACAAGAAGAAGAAAAUAUUUAUCUGCUUUUCUUAGUUUUGCACGUUUAAGACGCAAUUCAGACUCAAACAAAGCUGCAAAGCAGGAGAACAACAUGGCCAUCAACUAUUCUGUGCCACACAUCCAGUUCGCUGCAGCACAGAGUGAUGAUGAGAUGGUGGAAGAACAACAGAGACAAUUUACGGACCGUUAACAUGUGCAACUUAGAAGUAGUCAGAGGUAACUGGAUGGAGUUCAGUCAGGUUAAAUGCAAGGUUGAUUGGAUUAUAUCUGAAGAUCGUAUACUAUUCGUGACAACUCUGCUAGACUCCAAAUUUCUCGUCCAUGAGGGAGUAUCUCAAAAGUAAAUGAAACAACUAAACUUAACACUUUUUCCCUAAAAUGGACUGACAUGGGAAACAUUAAAGUUGGAUUGACACCAGCUAAUCAGUCUGAAGGUAAGUGUUUUUUCACUUAUUCGAGAGAAGUCAGAAAUGCGUUCUUAUUACUGUUUGUUUUGACUUUUAAGCUACCCUACCAGGUUAUUUUCAUUCAAAUGCUAAGACAAAAUAUCAAUAUCUAUGAAUGUGGAGACUCAAAAGACUAGUUAGGUAAUAGUUGCCGAUGGAUUUAUGAGACUUGAUAGAAAGUUGGACGUUUGCAACAGGUGAAUCGGUGAACUACCGAGGUUGCGCCCAAAUGCUUAAAGCUGUUAGCUGGUCAGUGUUUUCAGGUGUGCUUGUACUACCUGUACGGUGCGGAGUGCUGACUAAGUCAUGUUAAACCCAUUAAAGCGUCGAGCUCAAAUAUCUUUUCAUUUUUGUGCACUGCUCUCUUGUCUUUUCUCAGCACACAUUUUCUGUUUAUUGAAGCCUUUUGUUAAUAAUUUUGAUCAUGUAAAAACUGGGAAUUGGUCCCUAUUGACAAUACUCUUAUUUCUUUUAUUUUUUUUGCAAUGCAUAUGUCAUUUAGUAAAGGUAAUUGGUCAUUGAACUUUUUGCAACUAUGUGUAUUUGUAAAUUUUGUGGCUUCUGUGCACACAAAUUUAUAUUGUUCAGUUUGCAUGUUAAAAGCCACAAACAUGUAGCUAACUAUAGGCUUUCUUGUGGAACUGAGAACUGUCCUGCCACUUUCAGAACAUUUUCUGCCUUUUAUUCACAUAUGCCUAGGAAUCACAGAACAAGAAGGGAGACCACUGAGGAGGAAUUUUAUAAGUUCACUGGUGACCUCAGCUGUCAAGUUCCUGGAUGUGGGUAUGCUGCACAAAACUUUACAACUCUGUGCCCAUCUCAGAUUUCACAUCAAAGACGGGAAAAAAGUAUUAUGUCCAUUUGAAGAUUGCUCUAAAUACUUCAGUGUCCGAACAUUUUCCAGCCGUAUUUCUCGAAAACAUAAGUAGACAGUUCAGCAGUCAAGGGCAACAAGAAAUUGAGGAAUUUGCCAUAAUACAAGGACAGGACACAGUUAAUCUAUUAGAAGACAGUUGGCUUUGUGUAAUUUAAAAAUGCAGGCUGAAAUGCUCUUACCAACCAGCACUAUACAGAGCAUCAUAGAGGAAUUUCAGGAUCUUCUCAGCUGUGCAAUGCACGAUGUUCUUGCAGUACUGUCUGACAAACUGUCUUCAUUUAAUAUUCCACAAGCAGAAGUGGACAAAAUCAAUCAAGAACUUUUUUCAUAGAGGACUAUAUAUAUCUGAGACACAGUAGGUUUCCUGACAAAGCUUUAAAAGCAAAACAUCACUAUUUGUUACAUUAUGCAGAGCUUAUCCUUCACUUUGGACCACUCAUUCGUUUGUGCACCCUUAGGUUUGAGAGCAAGCACUCAUAUUUCAAAGCAUGUACAAGUUCAGUCUUGCAUAACUUUGUCAACUUAUGCAAGACUGAACGGCAUCAGUUACUGCAGUCCUACCUCUCAGUGGGCCAAAUGUUUCCACCUAUAGUUCAAAUGAUUGGAGAAACAAGUGAUUAGAAUCCUCAUCUUUACAACGCUCUCAUUCAAGAAGCUGUGGCAAACUUUGGAUGUGUCAGCAGUUGUCUACAAAGGUACCAAGUAUGUCAAAGGCUGUUUCCAUUGUAGAUGACACUGAUGAUGGCUUGGUUUUUGGGAAGAUAGCUGUUAUACUUGUUAACGAUUCUGAAUUGUACUUUGUGCUCGAGUUGCAUCACUCAGUACUCCUCAUUGACCUUGGACUUCACUGCUUGCGUUGCCCUACAGAAAGAAGUGUUUGUGUAAAUGCUGACAGUCUGAUGGAUUAUUACCCACCACCACUUUAUAACAUGGCAGGCCUUUUUGUUGUCUCCCUACACCAUUCAGUUUCCUCUUAAUUCUCUUUCAGGGAUGGAAAUUGAAGAGGAACUCACAAGCCUCCUGCCGACACUAGACAGAGAGAAAAUAAUCUGCAUUGUAGAACAUCUGACGGACGUUAUUGGUGUACAACAAAAAAGUAAAAGUGUUUGUGGAGGCGGAAGAUCUCAAACCCUUUCUCACACCAAUUCAAAUACGUAAACUACUUCUUGCAUUUAAAGGAGGUUUGUGUAGGUUCUGUACAAAUCAUAGACUUGAGUCUAUGAUUUGAAGGUCACUCAUAGACUCAUAUGUCACUGAUUAGCUUGAUUAGCUUUUUUUUCUCUUCACCAUACUACACAUGUACUUUGACAGUAUAAUAUUGAAGAGUGUUUUGGGGCUCACAUUGUCUGGUAGAUACUUAACACGGAAAACAUAAACAAAAGUAGACACUAAAUCUAACACCAUUAACCUUUCAUUGGUAGUGGUACAACUAAGGGUUUGAAAUUGUGACAUACUGUAAAAUAUAUUGACUCAAGGUCUUUUCAAUGCAAGACCUUGAGUUUGUAGUUCUUUUGCAGUCCUGGGAUUGCUUCUUUUCAUCUUCAGACAAGGUCCCAAAAAACUGCCUUGCCGUUAGUACUCAAUCCUAAUUGAAGCGUUCAUCUUUUAGUGAGGACAUAUUUGUUGACGUAGUAGCUUUUUAAGGUAACUUUUCCAAUGAUCUUUAUUUAUUUAUUUGUUUAGAUGGCAACAGACCAGAGAACCUGAAUGACACCAUUACUCUGGAGCCUUGCCCUGCUGCAUCAGCUGAAACAUCAAGCCAUCCACGUCCACCCCUCCUCCUCCACGUCCACCACUAUGUACAACCAUUACUCCAGCUCUUGGGUCUCACACUUACAGAUUCCUUGGGAAAGAUUUCCACUCCGACUGUCGCAUGCAAUCACAAGAGGGGACAGAGCUCAUCCAGAGGACAGGAGAAGUAUGGUUAGAAUUGUUGUGGAAGCCAUGCAAGUUCACUGCAGGAACCCUAAACGUGCAUCUUGUGAAGAAGUUGCUAAAAUCAUUGUAAACAGAUACCCUCAAACAUUUGCAGAUUUUACUGAAAAGGGAGAAAGACUGGGUUGUGGACAUUAUUCACUACUAAGAAGCAUCAAAUCUAGAGUUGAACAUGUUAAUCGAGAUAAUACAACACAUAGACUUCGUCAAACAAAGAGAACCAGGAAUGAGGAAGACUACAGUCCCAACAGUAAUGCAACCUCACCUAAAAAAGUUAGAUGCCUUGUUGAUAGCUACAGUUGUAUAAAUUGGCAACCAGUUGAACUUCCUGAGGGGGAAACCCCAGCUUCUUCAGAGGAAAAGAAGCACAUCUUGUUAACAAUUUUUAAUUCAGAAGGACCUGGAGCUGUGGAGAGACCUGAUGUGGAUGACUUCAUGUGCCUCACAUAUAUUUCUCAGCGCCAGCUUAUCAACAGUUGUCCCUCACUUUCAGUAGCUGUAAUUCAGGAGCAGUGGCCAUUCUUGUUUACUCAGAAAGGUCUUUCGAACCACUUUUACAAAUUCACAGGCAUCGAUAUCAGUGAGCGCUUAGGUCAGGCCCUCAUAACCAAAGGCAGAAGGAUUGUUAACUAUUUCUCCAGCCAGAAGCUCAAAUGGAACCUUGGUAUAAGGACACUCAUCCAGCAGAUAGAAAGUGAGGGAGUUUUGACCAACAACAAGGUUGGCACAGCAACCAUACUUCUCAUGAUGAAGUAUUACAAGGAAGAUGAAGACUCCCUCUUUGUCUUAGCAGAUGAAACAUCUACCAGGAUGUCCCUUGAAGCAGAGAGCAACCUGCCAAUCACUCCAAGGCUGAUUAUGCUUGAUGAUCCAUGACCCAUGCUUUCUGGACAUUUACACAAGACGAACAACAAUGAAGACAAGCUCUCUCACCAUCUUACAAGAAGCUGUCUCUGUCCAAUAGGUUUUUUGAGUGCAACAGUUUUGAUUUUUUUUUUCCUUCUUUUACCCGUUUGUUAAAAAUUAUUUCAGCUACUUACACUUUAAUUGUCACAUGUAUUGGCUCACCCUACAAAUCAAUGAACUCAGUCCACAAAGCAAGA